AUGGAACUCUGCGAGAUGCUCUAUCUAAACGAUCGGCCUCCUAUCAAUGUGACAAUAGCCGAGCGGUUAGUUCUUGGGCGCACGGUGUUUCGGUUGACACUCUCCCCUCCGUUACGCUACAAUCUUCCAUCAGAACCGACAGUUACAGCAUCAACAUCGACAGUUAUAGUCAAGCAGCAAAAGAAAGGCUGGGAGGGCGAAUUUCAACAAGAGAUACAAGCCUACGAGAAGUUGGUCAGCCUCCAAGGAACGAUUAUUCCAAUCUUCUUCGGCCAAGGCUCUUUCAAUGGCCAUGAUGCGCUUGUGAUUUCGGAGGUUAAUGGGAUCACCCUACAUGAUCUCGCUAAAGAAAACGUCGGCGUCCAGCCCGAAGCCCUGGAGAAGCACCUUGAGAGUGCACUAACCGCCUUCGACGACCACGAAGCAGUAUACUGGGACGCAAAGCUCGAUAAUUUCCUGUUUUGCGCUGGUAUCAAUCCCGAACAAAGCAAGAUUAUGAUUGUGGAUCUUGAGCAAGUCGAGUUUCCUCGCCCUCUGGAGCCUUGGCUUGUUAAUAUCAACUCGCGUAGCGCGCCGGAUCUGAUCAGCAGAUUCAAAGAUAGGCAAAACCCAAACCGUCCACUAUCGCCCGCAGGUGCUUGUUAUCAGCCUGGUGCCGAGGACGGAGAGGGCGGAUAG